AUGAGCACCCAUCGCGUUCCAAUCGAAUCUCAGCGUGUCGAUGCACCGCUCACCUCGUCAGCGACCUUCCUCGUUCUAUCAGCAACCAAUAAACCAGACUCCAUCAAGAAUAUCCGGUCCGUCCUCGCUGGACUAGACGGUCUCGCCAAGAAUGUCUCCGUUCGCGACCUGAACUCCCAAUUCGCCUGCACGGUCGGCAUUGGUAGCGAUAUUUGGGACCAACUGACAGGUCUACCUAGACCUGCAGAGCUCCGCCCGUUCAAGGAGAUUAAGGGCGACAAGCACACGGCCGUCUCAACGCCUGGCGAUUUGCUAUUCCACAUCCGAUCAGAGCGACGGGAUAUCUGCUUCGAGUUUGAGAGACAAUUGAUGGAUCAACUUGGAGAUUCGGUGUCUUUGAUUGAUGAGACUGUCGGCUUCCGGUACUUUGAUGUCCGCGAUCUUCUCGGCUUCGUGGACGGAACAGCCAAUCCCAUUGGCCCGGCAGUGCCUGAAUCUAUCCUCGUCGCAGAGGAAGAUACAUAUGCUCAAGGAGGUAGUUACAUCGUGAUUCAGAAGUACGUGCAUGAUCUAGAGUCCUGGAAGUCUCUACCUACGGAGAUGCAGGAGAAGAUCAUUGGGCGGACCAAGAUUGAUAACGUGGAACUUGACGAUGCCGAGUCGGGACAGCGGUCACACAAGACCCUCAACACGAUUGAGGAUGAGAAUGGCAAUGAACAGGAUAUCUUGCGUGAUAAUAUGCCAUUCGGAUCACCUGGUUCUGGGGAGUUUGGCACGUACUUUAUUGGGUAUACGCGCCGGCUGUGGGUUAUUGAGAAGAUGUUGGAGCGGAUGUUCGUUGGAUAUCCUCCUGGACUGCAUGAUCGCAUCCUGGAUUUCUCUACUCCAUUGACUGGGACUACAUUCUUUGCACCGUCUGCGAGUUUACUGGCCAGCCUAGACUCGGAAUGA